AUGUUAAAGGCCUUCGUUUUCAAGAAGGAUCUUCGGCCCCUUGUCGUCGGCAUUCUGUCGAACAGGUGCAACACCUCUCCUUCACAUCUGACAUUUAGAAAUCUCUCUGUUCCUCCAGCUGCUCAUUAUGGGUCGUUCAUGGUUGUGCACAAUGACUCGAUCCUGCAUCUCUGUUCGGCAGUUAAUAUGCACGAUCCUGAUCGAUGCUUGUCUGGAUGUUGUCCAGAAUCCUCUUUGUUGAACCCAAUUCCGAGUCCAAUUCUAGAUCCAAGUUUUGGUGAUUGGAGGGUUUGUGGGGUUCACUCAGUACAAGUAAUUUACGAGGGCGGCCAGGUGCUCUACUUCUCUCCGCAUACAACGGUGGAAGAAGUGCUUUAUUGCUAUCCUCACCACUUUCUAUGCCAACGUGAGCUCAAUAGCUAUUCCAGGUGGCGCAGCAACCAAAUGCUGCCUCUGGAUGCAGAACUUCAGAGCGGAUGCAUCUAUUUUCUGUUUCCACUGCCUAGACUUUUCCCAACUGGGUUCUCACCCCAGUCUUGUAGAUGUUACCAACAUCAAAACUCUACCAUAGUGGCAAAAGAGACCCCGCACAGAACCCUCAGGCAUAUUCAGAAUCCAACCAGCAACUCAUCUGUGAUAUUCUAUGAUCCUCAGCACAAAAUUGGAGGUCUACAGUCGCCGUCAUGGUCUUUGAAGAGUAAGCUCCGUCGAAGUGGUUUUACGAGCAAGGUUUCUCCGGUAUUGAAUUUGUACAGCGGAGGACGAUUUGAUGUUAAUCUGUUGUCAAGGUCGCCACUACAGCUGCGGGCCACGAGUUGUCCCUGGCGUCCGCGACUUGGGUGCAUUCAUGAGGAGGAUGUCCUAGAGGUUUCCUUUGAGGUCGAUAAGCACUAUGUGAGGAUCUAAAAACUGGAUACCCAAGCUGCUAGCAAGCCGCGCCUGCCAGAAAGAGUACCUGUUGUCUCGAAAUCAUAGCGAUCUACAAGGUGAACUCAAAUACUUGCAUCAACACUCAGUCUGUCGCACCUCCUUUGUCCAAUUCGUCUCCAUGUUAUAUGCCUGCAAAUGCUUGGAGAAAGAACUCACUAAGGGAGUGUACGCAGAUGAACUUACACAUCUAUGCACAAUAGCUUGCGCGUGAGAGUUUUAAAACGGGUAGCUCGUGAAGAAGUUACUUCUCCGUGCAGAGGGAAAUGGCUGGAACGGGGAAUAGCAAACAUGCCGAUGGGGCUGCCAAGAGUUCAACAUUCCAGAUUUAAAUCUCCUACACAUCUCGUCUUACGAUAAUUACUAUGGUCUCAUUCUCACAUUCGACAGCAUAGAUGUUGAUGGUUGUGUGGAGCGAUGUGGAAGAUCCGAGGCAUGGGUCUCACCAUGUUACUGCCAGUUUUCGUGAAAGGAAAUUUCAGACUCUCCAUGUGAAACCUUGACAAACAGAAUAUACUUACAGCUGCACUACGGAGCUCAUGCUAAUGGAUCAUGCAAACUUAAGGUCAGCACACUGAAAUGCAUUCGAUGCUGGCAGCCAUUUUUUGAACAAAGGUGUUGUGUUGAGAGGAAAAUACCUAGUUGAAAUGAGCGUGAAAGCUGCGACAAUAACAUGGCUUGUUACUACAAACAUGCAUUUGAAAUACACUCAACGUAGUAAAUGUUGAUCGAUUGUAAACAUGAUGGCUAAUGAGCUUCAUAUUCUGUGGCA